AUGGCGCCCCCCAAGAAGCGGGCAAGGGCACUACAGAGUGACGGCAAACCGAUCCCGUCUGCGUUGCUAUGCGAUAGUCGCGUCGGUUGGUUAGUAAAGAGCGACGAGCAAACAAUUGAAAUCAUAGUCAAGGGGGAAGUCCUCAUAGCCCAUCGCAGGGUCCUCGUAGAACACUGUGAAUACUUUGCCCGAUGCCUCAAGGAACCCUGGGUCGAGGGCCACAACGGAUCCAUCACAUUCGACGACAUUGAGCCGCGAUACCUGGCCCUCUUCAUUGGCGUCGCAUACAGCCACAGCUCCAUCGUACCUUUAGCACCUCCGGUCAGCAGCCCGAACCCGCAGGCUAAGCGCGCCCGGACGCCGCUGCAGGACUUUGUCGAGGUCUACAAGCUCUGCGACCGCUUCGUAAGCCCCAAGAUGGCCGACUACAUUGUCAAGUGUAUCCACACGUCCAUUGGCGACGGCCACCGCGCGCUGUACCGGUGCCCGAGCGACGAGGGGCAGCAGAAGGAUCUGAUACGAGAGUUUGCGGAUGGGUUCGAGGCACUGGAGAUGAUGCACCCGGUCCAGAAGGAGAUUGGGAAGAAGAUGAUUCACUACUUUUGCGAGGGCGUCAGCUAUAGUAUCUGGGACAAGGCCAUGGAGGAUGUGGUCUCGGACAGGCCGCGGUUCAUCAGCGACGUGUCGAGGGGGUUUGCGUCAAAGCUAGGAACCAUGGAGGCAACGAAACGUGCGAUGAGGCGGAAGGAGCUCUCGGGCCCAUAA